AUGCGUGCAUCCCGGGUAACGCGCGUGUAGCCCGGGUCAGGUAGGCCUACCGUACAGCGAUGGCUGCUGAGGAAAGCUUGUCGAUCGUUUUUGUAUUAGGAUCGGUACCAGAAGAGCGGCUUUGUCCCAGGGUGGCAACGUACCUGCGUAACGUGUUCGAAAGCAGUGGUCACACCGUGAGUGUAGUUGACACUCUGUGGUCGCCGUACAUGCAGACAGGGCAGAGAGCUGGAGACUCUAACCAAAAUCGAGACUGGCUUGUGAAGCCGUGUGACACCAUACAUUCCAGCGACGCGGUCGUCGUCAUUUCGUCGGAAUACUGCCACGUAGUUCCGCCGGUGUUGACGCACGUCGUUGGCGUUACAGGGAAAGUUGCCUUUCGCGGCAAGCCUUGCGGAAUCGUGACGUAUUCAAAUGGUCCAUACGGUGCGGUGAGGGUGACCGCUCAGCUGAGGACGCUCAUGGCGUCGGUGGGCUGUUUCGUCGUGCCAUUCACGCUGCCGCUGUGUCGCGUACAGGAUCUGAUCGACGAGAGUGGCACCAUGCUGUCGACGAGCGCCGACUUCGGCUCGAAGAAACUCGUGCGCCACUUACACUGGUACGCGCUCGCGUUCAAACUGCAUAGCAAUUCGAGAGCUCAGCCACGCGACGAGAAUGCGAUCACCCAGUGAUGCUGACGUGGUGACGUGGCGAGCGGAGAAUGUUCAGGGUUUAAUAUGGUGACGUAUCAGGGUAAUUAUUCCAGGGUUAUGCGGUGAUAUAGCAGAGGAAUAUUCCGGAUUGAUGUGGUGACGUAUCAGGGUAAUAUUCCAAGCUAAUGUGGUGACGUAGCAGGUUAAUAUUCCAGGUUAAUGUGGUGACAUAGCUAGAGAAUAUUCUAGGUUUAUAUCGUGACAUGGUGCGGAGAAUGUUUUAGGUUAAUGUGGUGACAUAGCAUGCAUGUAUUAUCCGGUUUAUGUGGUGAAAUGGUGUAGAGAGAAUGUUAUAGGGUAAUAUAGUAACAUAGCAGUGGAUUUUCUUCCUAGGUUGAUGUACUGACAAUCGAACAAAGAAUGUUAUGGGCAUAUUAUCAUAAAUACAUAUGAUAUGUGUAUUGUAUGAUAGACGUGGUUCUUUGUUGACGUGGUAACACGGCACGGGAAACGUUCUGGUUACGACUUCAAGUUCAAGUUCAAGUAAAAUUUAUUUUCAUCGGUAUAUAAUGAACAUUAUUAACAUAAGCUAAGAACUUUUGCACCGAUAUCAAACAAGAGUAAAUAGAUGGCGCGGAGAAUAUUAUGGCUUACAUAUAGUAACACGAAUUAAUAAUACAUCGGUGAUUAAUUAUUGAGAUAAUACUAGAUUUUGAAGGUAGCCUGCCGCGGGAAACGUUGAGGUGGAUGUAAUAACAUGGCGCGAGGAAUGCUUCGUGCUAACUAUAUAUGGCUCUGAGUUGACGUAAUAACAUGGCGCGAGGAACAUUCUUGGUUGUUGUAAUAAUAUGGCGCGAAGAAUGUUCUCGAUUGACGUUAUUAAUUCGUGACGAGGUUAUGUGGUGCAAUAAAAUGUGUAACGCUGCGCACAAAUGAUGUAACUGAUGAGUACAGUAUUACGCUACAGUGACGUAUGUAACGCUAUGAGUCUAAAGCCCACUACACCUACUUCUCACGAUAAAAAAUGAAAAAGAUACAGAAGACGGAAAAAGAAAAAAAAAGAAAAACAAGAAACAUGAGAAGAAGAA